AUGGAACCGCAAAAACAGCAACAAAUCCAAUCCCAAGAAACACCCGAGCAACCUCAAUUGAAAAGAUGCAAGCAGUUACUCCUGACAGUGGACGAAGUACUCGACAUGAUUCCUUCGCGUCAAAGUUUGAGGAACGUAGCCGACAGUCUCGAAGAUUACAGCCUCGACGCGUAUGUGCAACUUGACGACGAUAUGUUGGCGUUGUCAGAUUCGCAACUUGUGAUCAACAUCCGCGAUCGUAUCCAGGCUGGUCAAGCUGCCAUUCGUUCACGAUUGUAUCGGCGUAUGGCAACUUUCUUGUGCAAUGGCCGCAUCAGCGGCAUGGUCGAUCGAGUGAAUGGUUACUUUCACUUGAAUAUCGAACACUCCUGUGGGCAUAGGGCUGCACCUGCCGUCGAAAAUUACGCCGUCCCGCAAAAUGUACGUGCAUACAUCGCUGCAAAUGCCAUCGACUUGGAUGCACAACAGCUGCAUCGUAACAUUAUCCGUCAGUUUCAACAAGAAGCGACAAGAAUAACGCAGGGGCAAGUGUAUUACUGGGCGUGCCAGUCGAUCCAAGACCAAUAUACACUGCACAACAACCAGUUUAGUCCCUGA